CCGGCGGGGCGGCGGCGCCAGGUCAGCUGACCCAGAGCGCGAGCUGAACCCGGAGGCCGGGUCCCGCGGCCGGCGCUAGCGAGAGCCCUCCUCUCUGCUCGCCCCCCGGGCUGGGGGCUCCCGGUCCGCAGCCAUGGUCUGGAGGAAGCUGAGCUCUGGCAACUUCUCCAGCUGCCCCAACGGCUCCCGCCAGUGGAUCUGGGAUGUGUUCGGCGAGUGCGCCUACGACGGCUGGGACGAGGCCAGCGUGGGCCUGGGCCUGAUCUCCAUCCUCUGCUUCUCAGCCUCCACCUUCCCCCAGUUCAUCAAGGCCUGCAAGACCGGCAACAUGGACCAGGCCCUGUCCCUGUGGUUCCUCCUGGGCUGGAUCGGCGGAGACUCCUGCAACCUCAUCGGCUCCUUCCUCGCUGACCAGCUGCCCCUGCAGACCUACACGGCCGUGUAUUACGUCUCGGCGGACCUGGUGAUGCUGACGCUGUACUUCUACUACAAGUUCAAGAAACGCCCCCCUCGGUUGUCUGUGCCCAUCAACUCCGUGCUGCUGUUCGUCAUGGGGACGGUGUGUGUUGUGCCACUGCUGAGCAGUGCUGGGCCCGUGGCCGCCCGGCCGGAGGUCUUCCAGGGACGGACACUGCUGUCUGUGGAGCCAGGCAAUAAGCCCUUCACCCGGCAGGAGGUCAUCGGCUUCGUGAUCGGCUCUGUCUCCAGCGUGCUCUAUCUGCUCUCCCGGCUGCCCCAGAUCCGCACCAACUUCCUGCGGAAGUCCACCGAGGGGAUCUCCUACUCCCUGUUCGCCUUGGUGAUGCUGGGGAACACGCUGUAUGGGACGAGCGUGCUGCUCAAGAACCCCGAGGUGGGCCAGAGCGAGGGCAGCUACCUGCUGCACCACCUGCCCUGGCUCGUGGGCAGCCUCGGGGUGCUGCUGCUGGACACCGUGAUCUCCGUCCAGUUCCUGCUGUACAGGAACCACGCUGCCGCCACCUCCACUGCCGUCGCAGAGCGCGAGCCCCUGCUCCCGAGCUGAGCAGCCCCCGGCUGGGCCCAGGAUGACGGAGCCUUCCACGUGCCGCAGCCAGGCAGGGAGGGGUGUGGGCGCUGCUGCUGUCCCGGGGCCCAGCUGCCUCUCCACCGAGCCCCGGCCUCCCAGUCCCUGGGAGCCUUGGCGGCGGGGCUGCCCCUCACACCCACCUACCUCAUGGUGCCUGUGCGCCCCCUGGGGGCCCCUGGCUGGCCUGUCAGUCCCUGGGUGCGCGGGCCCUGCUGCCUGGGAGCCGCUAGGGGGCGUCCUGUCUGUAGACCGUGUGGGCCGCUAGGGGGCGUCCUGUCUGUAGACCGUGUGGGCCGCUAGGGGGCGUCCUGUCUGUAGACUGGGCCGCUAGGGGGCGUCCUGUCUGUAGACCGUGUGGGUCGCUAGGGGGCAUCCUGUCUGUAGACUGGGCCGCUAGGGGGCGUCCUGUCUGUAGACUGUGUGGGCUGCUAGGGGGCGUCCUGUCGAGGUGUCUGUAGACUGCUUCUCUGGGCCAGCUUGGUGGCAGGCCCCACCCUGGGCGCUGGGGACGCUUCCGCACGAGGGGGC